UGCCGCCGUCACGUUUUGGUUUAGAUUCGGGAGUACACACUAAGUAUCUUUAGUCAGUGCUCUAAAGGCCACGAAGUAAACUCUAGGAUAGACGAACGACCGCGACGACGCGUUUUGCGACGGGACCAAGUGUACACGCGACAACGCGAGUUAGUGUGUGCAGUGAAGUGAGUGUUUUGGCUGUUCUUUAAGCUUCACGUUCCUCACUGGAAGGCCGGGUUAAUGUCAUCUUUAUCGGGGUGAAACGAUACGAAAGCUAUGGGGGUGGCAGAGGAUUUCGCUCCCAGCUUUACGCAGAAGCCUCAAUUGAGGCAGGAAGAUGAUGGGAACAAACUCAUCUUCGAAUGCCAGCUAUUGGCGUCCCCGAAACCAGAUAUCGAAUGGUUCCGCAGCGAUACACUAUUAUCUGAAGACAGUAGGACCAAUUUCAAGAUACAGUCCAUAGGUACCAGCAAGUUCCUCGUAGUUCUCGAGUUGGACGAUGUUAUCGAAACUGACGCUGGCCUUUAUAAGGUCAAAGCGAAGAAUACUAUGGGAGAAGUCGCGGCUUCCAUCAACCUCAACUUCAGCCCUAUGGACGAGCCAAAAGAAAAACAAAUAGAUGGCCUUGCACCAACAUUCGCUAAGAAACCCGCCAUUCGGCAAGAAGAAGAUGGAAAAAGACUACUUUUUGAAUGUCGAAUCCAGGCCGAUCCCCGUCCAGUCGUCAGUUGGUUCCACAAUGGCAAUUCUGUCUCAGAAGGUCCCCGUCAUAAGUUGAGGAUAGACAAAGAUGGACACUCGUACUUUGCAACCCUUGAAAUAAAAAAUGUCACGGUAGAGGAUGCUGGCAAAUACAAGGUCACUGCAAAGAACGAUUUGGGAGAGAGUAAUGCAACGAUCAGCCUUAACUUUGACAGCGAUGAAGCACCUGUGCCUGAGAAGGAGGGCAUCAGACCGACGUUUACUGAGCGCCCUGUCAUCCGACAGACCGACGACGGCGCCAAAAUCACCUUCGAAUGUCGCUGCGUGGGCGACCCUAAACCUGAGAUACAAUGGUACCACGGGAGGGAAGAGAUCAAGGAGAACAGCCGGUAUACCAUCUCGAUGGAAGUGGACCAGAAGCUCUACUACCUGGCACGACUCGAAAUCAACAACGUCAAGAAGAACGACCGCGGCGAAUACAGGGCCGUCGCCCAGAACAAGUACGGCAAGGGCGUCGCCACCAUCAACCUCAACUUCGAGGCUACCGAAAGGCCAAAAAUCCCAGACGGCAAGGCGCCCCGGUUCCCCAAGAAACCCACCAUAAGGCAAGAGGGGGAUGUCCUCAUCAUGGAAUGCCUCCUCGAAGCCAACCCCGAUCCGGAUAUCACAUGGUUCCAAAGCGAGAAAAGUAUCGCGGACAGCUCGCGCGUUCGCAUGUUGCGCAAGACCACUACCAAAGAUACUUAUCUUCUCACUCUAGAAAUCGCUAACCCGACCCGCGAGGACGGCGGCCAUUAUAGAUGUAACGCGUUCAAUGCUUAUGGUGAAAGCAAUGCUAAUAUUGCGCUCAACUUCCAAGGUGGCGACGACGCUGCUGGGUUUGCUCCCUCUUUCAUCGAGAAACCCAAAAUUAUCCCCAAUGAAAGCGGCACCCUUAUUACAAUGAAAUGCAAGUGCAAAGCCAAACCAAAACCCAACGUUACCUGGUUCCGUGGAACCAACGUCGUUAAAGAGUCAUCUAAAAUCAAAAUCAAAGUCCUUGAUGUCGAAGAGGACGUUUACGAGCUGUCUCUUGAGAUUAAGGAUCCGUCCGCGCCCGACGGUGGAACCUACAGGUGUCACGUGAAGAACGAAUUCGGCGAAAGCAACGCCAACCUCAACCUCAACAUCGAAGCCGAACCGGAACCGGAAGGCGAUGGACCCACGUUCGUGGAGAAACCGAGGAUCACCUCGCAACAGAACGGUAAACUGGUUAUAAUGGAAUGCAAGGUGCGUUCCAAUCCCAUACCCGACAUAAUUUGGUACAGAGAAGGUAAACAGGUAACUGAGUCUUCUAAGAUUAAGAUUAGUUUUGAGAAAGUCGAAGAGGAAGUGUACUACAUCAAGUUGGAGUUGAACGAUCCCGGAACUGAGGACUCUGGUUUGUAUAAGUGCAAUAUCAAGAACACGUUUGGUGAGCUUAACGCCAACCUUACGCUGAACAUUGAAAUCAUCCCCGUCAUCAAGGAAAAACCGAGAGUUAUUAAAAUCAUCAAAAAGAAAACUGUUAUUGUUGAAUGCAAAGUCCUCAGCAAGUUCGCUCCGGAUUGUACAUGGUUCAAGGAAGCAGAUGCGGUUAAGGAAGAUACAAGACACACCGUACACGUUGAACAAGUCAAAGACGGCGAAUUCGCUAUUAAACUGGAGAUUUCCGACGUGCAAAAAACCGACAAAGGUUUAUACAAAUUGGUUGCCAAAAACGAGAAAGGUGAAGCUACUUCACAAACUGUCGAGGUUACCGAACUGCCUCCAGAAGAAAAACCGAAAGGCGAGAAGCCGAAACUUACAUCCUUGACGAAUAUUAUAAUCGAAGAAGGGAAAACCGUUGAUUUUAUUUCUUCCCUAACAGUAGAAGACAAGACUGUUAGAAUUACUUGGUACAAAAACUCGACCGUAAUCAAGGAUUCGGAAGAAUUCAAAAUUUUCUUCGACGGCACAGUGACGCGUCUUAAUAUCAGUAAAUGCAAAAUUUCACAUUCCGCCACAUACAAAGUUGUCGCCAAAAACGAAUUCGGAGAAACCGAGAGUACUGCCAUUCUAACAGUUAAGGAAACCAAAGACGAAGAAGAGGAAGAAGAAGAGGAGGAAGAAGUAGAAAAGGUUAAAAAAGUACUAAAAGAGGAAUCCUCCGAAAGUGUAGAAAGCAGCGAAGAAGAAGAAGAAGAAUCUACAAAGGAGAUUAUAGAGAAAAAGGUGGAGAAGAAAGUGGAGAAGAAAGAGGAAAAGAAAGAAGAAAAGAAGGACCAAAAGAAAAUUAUAGAACAGAAAAAACAGGAAGAGAAGAAAAAGGUUAAUGAUAUCGACAAGAAAGAGGUGACAAAGAAGGAGGAAACCAAAACUGAGGAGAAAAAAGCCACUAGACGUUCAUCCAUACAAAAGACCGAAGAAUAUAAGUCAGAAUCACGUAGAAGUUCUAUUAUACAAACUGAGGAAAAAAUUAUACAAGAUGGAAAAACUAGCCGUAAAUCUUCAAUUACUCAGGCGUCAAAAGACGAAGAAAAAACGGAAUCUAGACGUUCUUCUCUAGCCGAAGAUAAGAAAAAGAAGGUUAUUAAAGAUUCCAAGAAAUUGGAUUCCACUCCGGAAGUCAAAACACCUACCACACCAACACCAGAAAACAAUAUCGAGGAAUCAUUUGCUAAAAAAACCAAGGAGACGGAGAAAAAAAUUGAAACAAAACUCAAAUCUCCGCCACCGAAACAAGAACCGAAACCGGAGCCCAAAGCGGCACCAAAACAAGAACCUAAACCAGAAUCCAAAACUACACAGAAAGUUGAAACAAAAACCACUGCUAAAGCCGCAGAGAAAAUCGAAACCAAAACUGAAACCAAAACCCCAGCACCUAAAGAACCCGAACGCAAAGCCUCAGAACCAAAACCAAAAGUUCCGGAACCCAAAGCUCCAGCACCUAAAGAACCCGAACGCAAAGCCUCAGAACCAAAACCAAAAGUUCCGGAACCCAAAGCUCCAGCAGCUAAAGAACCUGAACCCAAAGCUCCAGAACCAAAACCAAAAGCCCCAGAACCUAAAGCUCCAGCAGCUAAAGUACCAGAGCCUAAAGCUCCCGCUGCUAAAGAACCCGAACCUGCAAAACCUCAGGAAGACAAAAAACUUACACCCAAACCCGCCCCGACUACAAUUAAGAAAACUGCACUUGCUGCCCCUGAAGCAGAAGUACCUGAACUUCUGAGAAAACGGUCCUCAUUGAAAAAGACGGAAGAAAAGCCGCAACCGGAAGAAGUUAAGCUGAAGCAAGAUGUCGAAUCCAAAAGACGUAUUCCUCCUAAAAGUAUGGCAAAGGCGGAAUCUUUUUUAAACAUACAAUUAAAACCUGUUGUUAAAGAAGCGAAAAAAAGCGAACAGGCUAAACUAGAAUAUGAACUAAAGAAAACAACGGACGAUAAGGAAAAAUUAGCCGUUAAAAAGACCAAGAAGGAAGAGAAAUUCGAUUACAACGAAUGGGAGAACAUUCCCGAUUACGAAAGACCAGUUUUGGAGAAGUUCGAGAAACAUACCCCGCCAGAAUAUGCGGGAAGGGAUAAAACGAAGUUGUCUAAGGAUAAGCCAAGCCUUGCGGUUGAAGGCAAGGAGAAGCAACCGUCCCAGGCAACCAUCAGCGAACAACCUAGACCGAGUUUGCCGCAAAUUAAAACGCCCGAUGCUCCUAAAAUAGAAGUGAGCAAAGAAAGAACACCGGAACCGAGGAAAAAGUCCUUGGAACCAGGAUCUGGACCCGGAAGCCGACGUGGCUCUCUGAUACCACCCGAAUCCAUAGGCCGACGCGCUAGUUUAAUCAUAUCCGAUGAGGAACAUAGGAAACUACGCCCCGGCGAGGUUUUAGAGGAGAAAAAGCGUCGUCGUCCUAGUUCAGAGGUUAGAAGGCCCAGCGUUGCUGAACUGGAAGACAUCAUUAACAAACCAUCCACCCCGUUAAAACCAUCUGGUCCUAAAGGAGCUCCCCCAAGCAUUAUCGAUUACCAAGAAAAUUACUCGUCCGUUGAAGAUCAAACUGCCUAUAUCACUAUCCAAGUUGAGGGUGACCCCGCACCUAAAUUUAAAUUCUACAAGGGCAUGACGGAGAUUAUAGAAGGUGGUCGUUUCAAAUUUGUCACUGACGGUGAAACGAACCUGAUCACACUUUGCAUCCGCAAAGUAAAGCCCAACGAUGAGGGUCAAUAUAAAGUGGUUGUAUCUAAUGUCCAUGGCGAGGACAGAGCUGAGAUGAUGCUUUACGUAGCCGGUGCUGCUGGUGUUGACUUCCGUUCCAUGCUGAUGAAGAGAAAAUACGCAAAAUGGGACAAAGACAAGGGUGACCCGGAUUGGGGUGAACUGAAAGAGACAGAGAAACCACUCCCAGCACUCAAGAAAGUAGAAAAGCCUGAUGGCCAGCUAGUGUCAGGGUUGUAUGAAGAAGAUGAUCGAAUAAUAAUCGUAUUGGAUGGCCAAAUAGUAGCAGCAAUUCCAGUAGAAAAAAAAGCCAGUGUUAAUUGGAGUUGGUUAAAGGAAGUUUUUCUAAUGCAGCGUCGUCCAACGCUACUACUUGAUAUUAUAGAUGACUGGCCAACACUUGUUACCACAGAAAAAAUAAAGAAACAAGAGACUUUCUUGAAACCUCUAGUGGAUCAAUUCGCGAAGGAAGGGAGAGAUAAGAAAGUCGUUUUUGAGGCCGGUUUCUCCAAACCAAACUGCAAACCCAGAUGGCUAUUCAGAAAAGAUGAGUUGUUCCCCGGAUCGAAAUACAAGUUCAAAAACGAAAAUGACACUUACCAGCUCAUCAUUUGGAAUCCCAAAGUGGACGAUACUGGAAAAUAUACGAUCGAAAUAGGUGGCGUCCACUGCACUGGCUUCCUUACGGUUGAGGAACCCGAUCCAAGUUAUUCCUUCACCAAACCCCUGAAAAAGAAAUACGAUGGUUAUUACAAACACGAAGUGGAACUGUCAUGUACCGUCAGCAACAGCUUGGCUGUAGUCGGUUGGUAUAAAGGAGACAUCAAACUGGACGAUAACGACAGGUUUGGUAUCUCAAAAGACAUCAGUGGUGUUUGCCGCCUCACCAUUAAAUGUGCCGAGUAUGAAGAUUCCGCGGAAUAUUCGUGUAGGCUGGAAAAACAAACCGAGAGAACCGUGACCAAAAUCAACAUCAUCGAAUAUCCUUACAAAUUCGUAAAGGUACUAAAACAUCAACAACAUGUCGAGAAGGAAAACAUCACGUUCUUAUGCGAGCUUAACGACGCCGCUGGUGACGUGAAAUGGUUCAAAGGCGACCAAGAGAUCACGCCCGACAAGAGGCUCGUUAUCAGCAAGGAUGGUCGCAAACGCAAACUGGUAAUAAAGGAUGCUAAAGUCACCGACGCCGGCAUGUACUCCUGCGUUAGUAACGCUGACAAGACAGAAGCUGAACUAGUAGUAGACUAUUUGAACAGAUUUAAUAAGAAACUGAAAGACACUGUCGGCAUAGAGCGUGAAAAGCUGGUCUUGGACAUCGAACUCCAAGAUCAAACAGCACCGGCGGAGUGGUUCUUCAAUGGAGUACCUAUCGUACCUUCCGAAAGAAUCGAAAUUAAAAACCUCGGUGGUGGCAAACACCAGCUCAUAUUCAAUUCACUUGACAUGCAGGACGACGGUGAAAUCAAAUGCGAAUCUGGAAAAUUGGAAUCUUCCAUGAAGUUAUCUGUUAGGAAGGGAGAAAGCAAACCUAUAAUUGAUUUCCCGUCUUCAUUCGAAGCGCCUAUUAACAAACCUAUUGUAAUAGAAGUUCCAUAUAAAAUUGAGGGAACCAGACAGUCACCACUAGAAGCCAAAUUAAUCAAAGACGGUAAAGUUCUGCCACUUAAAGAUGUGGAUGUAGUCAUCGCAGACGACAAAGUGAUAUUUAAAAUCAAAAAACCAACACGGGAUCAGUCCGGCCCGUACCAAAUAAAACUGUCCAACGCACAAGGUGAAGACGUUAAGGACGUUAAAAUAACUAUGCAAGAUGUACCUUCCGCGCCACAAAACGUCGACGUAAUAGAAGUUUUCCAAACCAACUGCAAGGUUACUUGGAAACCGCCAAAGGACGACGGUGGCUCUCCGCUUCUACACUACGUAGUAGAAAGACAAGAUCUUAGCCUAAAAGCUGGAUGGGACAAUGUUGGCGAAGUUAAGGCCGGAGGACCUACAACGUUCAAAGUUGAAGGUCUUACUCCUAAAAAACAAUACAAAUUCAGAAUCAGAGCCGUAAACAAGCUAGGCUCUAGCGAGCCGGCACUGUUCGGUAAACCAGUACUAGCCAAAGAUCCUUGGGAUGAGCCGAGCAAGCCUAAAGACGUACAGGUGGUCGAUUGGGACAAGGAUCAUGCUGAUUUGACCUGGAACAAACCAGAAAAUGAUGGUGGCGCCCCAAUAACAGGGUACGUUAUCGAAUUCAAAGACAAAUUUGGGAAAGAGUGGCAGAAAGGUAUCGAAGUGCCUGGAGAUCAGUUCAAGGGAACUGUACCUGGUUUAAAAGAAAACAGUCAGUAUGAGUUCAGAGUGAGGGCCAUAAACAAAGCCGGCCCCGGUGAACCCAGUGAUCCGACAAAGCCUAUCAUUGCCAAAUGCAGAUUUGUUAAACCUUACAUCAUCGGAAACGACUUGAACAGCAUUAUUAUCAAGAAAGGACAAGUCGCUAAAUACGAUAUUAAGUAUGGAGGUGAACCAGAACCUACGGUAGAAUGGUUCCUCGACAAGAAGGAGAUUAAGCCAGAUUUGGAAGAAAGAAUUACUAUCGAUAAGUUGGAGAAAAACACCAUUAUCACUGUACGCAGAUGUACCAGGGCUGACAGCGGUAAAUACCGUUUGGUACUUACUAAUAGCUCAGGUACGUGCGAAGGUAUAGCGGAAGUCAUAGUAUUAGACAAACCUACACCGCCUAAAGGCCCACUCAAGGUAGAAGAAAUCCGUGCUGACCACGUUACGGUCAAAUGGCAAAAACCGGAAGAUUUGGGCGGUACCGACCUUACCGGGUACGUUCUCGAAAAGAUGGACAUGGACACGGGCAGGUGGGUUCCUGCCGGUGAAGUUGGACCGACCGACAAUACGUUUACAUUCAAGAAUUUAACACCUAAAAAGAAGUACAAGUUUAGAGUUAAAGCCAAGAACAAGGAAGGUGAAUCGGAACCUCUAGAAACAGACGACUUUAUUCUCGCUAGAAACCCCUAUGAUGAACCCGGCGCGCCUGGUAAACCAGACAUCGUCGACUACGACAACAAGAGUGUUACCCUUAAAUGGGCUAAGCCAGAAAGCGACGGUGGUCGUCCGAUUAGCCAUUACACGGUGGAGAUGAAAGACAAAUUUGCUGCCGACUGGAGCGAAGUUGGUAAAACGGACGGUCCGAAUCCCGAAAUCGUUAUCCCAGGAUUAAAGGAAAAUAUGGUAUAUCAGUUCCGCGUGCGUGCGCAUAAUAAAGCCGGAGCUAGCGUACCUUCUGAACCUACGGGCAACCACCUCUGCAAACACCGGAACUUACGACCGAGAAUCGAUCGUGAGACAUUCAAAUCGAUUACGAUUAAAGCAGGUAGAACCCACAAAUGGGCCGUCGACUUUAUGGGUGAACCCCCACCGACGGUCAAAUGGUCGUGGCGAGAUAACAUUCCACUGACAAAUAGCGAACGUAUUAAAAUAGAGAACGCAGACUACCACACGGACUUUACUAUUUUGAAUGCCGUCCGAAAAGACACCGGCAAAUACACACUUACUAUUGAGAACGUCAAUGGUAAAGACACCGAAACAGUUGAACUUACUGUGCUUGGCAAGCCAGGAGCACCAGAAGGACCUUUGGUUGUUUCCGACGUGACGGCGGAAAAGGCCAAAAUCGGCUGGAAGAAACCAGAAGAUGAUGGAGGCAGUCCGAUUAAAGAAUACGAGAUCGAAAAAAUGGACAUGGCCACUGGCAAAUGGGUCAGGGUUGGCCGUGUACCCGGAGACAAACUAUCCCCUGAUGGUAAAGGCGAAUUUGAGGUUACCGGACUCACCCCAGGAAAUGAGUACAAAUUCAGAGUAACAGCCGUUAACAACGAGGGAGACUCAGAGCCUCUCGUAUCUGACCGUCCUAUCGUCGCCAAAAAUCCAUUUGACGAACCUGGUAAGCCAGGCACUCCAGAAAUUACCGACUACGACAAUAAGGGAGUUAACCUUAAGUGGACUCCACCAGCCAGCGAUGGUGGUGCCCCGAUAGAAAAAUACAUUAUCGAGAAAAAAGAUAAAUUCAAACCCGAUUGGGAGAAAGCUACAGAAGUACCUGGAGACGCUUUAGAAGCGAGGGUUGAGGACUUGAAAGAACGCGGCGAAUAUCAAUUUAGAGUUAUCGCCGUCAACAAAGCAGGUCCCGGAAAACCGUCUGACGCCUCUCAAAUGCAGAUUAUUAAGCACAGAGCUCUUAAACCUAGGAUUGACAGAACAAACCUUAAACCAAUUAUCGUCCGCGCUGGAAAGCCGAUUAAAUAUGAUGUCGACGUUAAGGGUGAGCCUGCCCCUACGUGUACAUGGUUCCACAUCGAUACCGAACUUAAGUCCGAAGGCAACAUCGAAAUUAUCAACGUCGACUACAACACUAAACUUAACAUCACCAACUCGGUCCGUAAAAACACCGGCGUUUACAAAAUCAAGGCUGUUAACGAACACGGUUCCGAUGAAGCUGAAGUAGAAGUUACCGUUCUUUCAUCACCAUCCAAACCUAAAGGACCUCUAAAGAUAACCGACGUUACUAAAGGAGGCUGCAAACUCAAAUGGGACAAACCGGAAGACGACGGUGGCAAACCCAUCACCGGAUACAUCGUUGAAAAACUUGACAAACAAACGGGUCGUUGGGUCCCCGUCGGAAGGACGAAUGACACCGAAAUGGACGUAAAAGGAUUACAAGAAGGCCACGAGUAUGAAUUCCGUGUGAAGGCAGUCAAUGAUGAGGGAGAAUCUGAACCUCUGGAAUCGGACAGUUCCAUCAUAGCCAAGAACCCGUACGACAUCGCCGGUAAACCUGGUACCCCAGAAAUUACCGACUGGGACGCCGAUCGUGUCGAUUUGAAAUGGAAACCGCCCAAGGAUACCGGUGGAGCGCCAAUUACUGGUUAUGUGAUUGAGAAGAAGGAAAAAUUCUCCACGACGUGGGAUGAAAUCCUCACCACAGAUACGCCCGAUUGCGAUGCCCGUGUACCGGGCCUAAAAGAAGGAAACACGUACCAAUUCCGUGUACGAGCCGUUAACAAAGCUGGACCCGGUCAACCGUCCGAUCCAACCGGACAGCACGUUGCUAAACCCAGACACUUACGACCUCUUAUUAACCGCGAAAAACUACACACUGUAAAAGUACGGGCCGGACAGCCUGUAAAGUUCGACGUAGACGUAAAGGGUGAACCGCCACCGGUAUGCACUUGGAGCUUUGCCCACAAGCCUUUAGAAAGUGCCGCUAAUAUCAAAAUUGACAAUGAGGAUUAUAACACCAAGCUUACCCUUACUGACACGAAAAGGAAACAUACUGGAACGUAUACCCUUAGGGCUGAAAACGAUUCCGGUUUUGAUGAAGCCCCUGUAGAAGUAAUAAUAUUAGACAAACCGGGUAAACCAGAAGGACCGCUCGAGGUGAGCGAUGUUCACAAAGAAGGUUGUAAACUCAAAUGGGACAAACCGAAAGAUGACGGCGGUUUGCCGAUCACCGGUUACGUUGUUGAAAAACAAGACGUCAGCACCGGACGGUGGGUUCCGGCUGGAUUCGUCGACCCUGAUAAAACUGAUCUCGAACUAACCGGACUUGAACCGAACAAAAAAUACCACUUUAGAGUGAAAGCGGUGAAUGAAGAGGGUGAAUCCGAACCGCUCGAAACAGACACUGCGACUCUAGCCAAGAAUCCAUAUGACGUGUCCGCACCGCCUGGACUACCUGAAAUUGUCGACUGGGAUGAACAUUCCGUUAAACUGAAAUGGGAGAAACCCGUCAGGGACGGCGGCACUCCUAUUACUGGAUAUGUUAUUGAAGCUAUGGACAAAUUCGGCGGCCAAUUUGUUAAAGUCGCUGAAGUGGGACCACAAUGUAAAGGGACCGUACCAAAAUUAGAAGAAGGAAACCAGUACAAAUUCAGAGUCCGCGCCGUGAACAAAGCUGGAGUUUCGGAACCCUCCGAGCAAACCAACUGGCACACCGCCAAAGCCCGAUUCUUGAAACCGCUCAUCGAUCGCACCAACCUGAAACCGCUUACCGUAAAAUCCGGCCUUUCGAUAAGCCUCGACGUAAACAUUCAAGGUGAACCCCCACCGAAAGUCACUUGGCUCUUCAACGGAAAAGAACUGGAAUCCACAGAAGAAGCUCGUAUAGACAACAUCGACUACAACACGAAAUUCUUCGUUUUACGUGCCAAGAGAGCGCAAUCCGGCAAAUACACGAUCAUAGCAAAGAACGAAGUCGGUGAGGAUCAAGCCGAAAUCGACAUUUCCGUCCUUGGAAAACCAUCCGCUCCAAAGGGACCACUCGACGUAUCCGAUGUUACCAAACACGGUUGCAAACUGAAAUGGAAGAAACCAGAUGAUGAUGGUGGCACCCCCAUCGACCACUACGAGAUUGAAAAACUUGACCCGCUCACCGGUCAAUGGAUAACGUGCGGCAGAAGCACCGAACCAGAAGCAAAUAUUACUGGCCUUCAAGAAGGCAAACCGUAUAAAUUCAGAGUCAAAGCCGUCAACAAGGAGGGCGAAUCUGAACCUCUGGAGACCGAUAAAUCCAUCAUCGCUAAAAAUCCAUUCGACGAACCCGGCAAGCCCGGUCGUCCAGAUCUCAAAGACUGGGACAAAGACUUCGUCGAAUUGGCUUGGAAACCGCCCGUUAGCGACGGAGGUGCUCCAAUUGAAAAAUAUAUCAUCCAAAUGCACGAUAAAGCCGGUCGUGGUUGGGUAGACGCCGCGACUGUUCCUGGUGAUAGAACCAAUGGAAGAGUAGAAACGGUCGAAGAAGGUCAUGAAUACGAAUUCCGAAUUGUGGCUGUUAACAAAGCCGGACCUAGCGAACCGAGCGACCCCUCUAAACCCGUCAUCGCUAAACCUAGAUUCUUGGCACCGAAAAUCGAUCGUAAGAACCUCACGAAGAAAGUAUUGCGCACUGGACAAUUACUGCGACUGGAAGCCGAUGUCAAGGGUGAACCCGCGCCAACGGUCACUUGGACCCUUAAAGAACAAACUCUUAGAAACACAGACAGGAUUAAAAUCGACAACGAAGACUAUCACACGAGCUUUGUUUUACAGAAAGUUCAACGAAGCGAUACCGGAGUAUAUACCGUCACAGCAAGAAACGAUUCCGGUGUAGACACCGUCGAUGUUGAAUUACAAGUCGUUAGCAAACCAUCCAAACCUAAAGGUCCCCUUAAGGUAUCCGACGUUACCGCUGAAGGAUGCAAAUUGAAAUGGGAACCGCCAGAAGACGACGGCGGAGAACCUAUCAGUGGAUACGUAGUAGAACGUAUGGACGUCGAAACGGGACGGUGGGUCCCGGUAACGACCACCAAAACUCCCGAAGCUGACGUGACUGGCCUGAACGAAGGCAAAGACUAUCAAUUCAGAGUUAAAGCUGUUAAUUCGGAAGGUGAAUCGGAACCGUUGGUAACCGACGUUCCUACCACUGCUAAGAACCCUUACACCGAACCCGACGCCCCCGGAAAACCAGAACUCAAGGACUGGAACAAAGAUCACGCUGAUCUUAAGUGGACCCCACCCAAAAACGAUGGAGGAGCUCCGAUUGAAAAAUACGUCAUCGAGAAGAAAGAUCCUAUCACGGGAAAAUGGCAGAAAGCCGUUGAAGUACCUGGAAAUAAAACCGAAGCUAGAGUACCUGAUUUACAAGAAGGACAGAAAUAUCAGUUCCGAGUUAAAGCCGUUAACAAAGGAGGAGACAGCAAACCUUCUCAACCGUCGGACGUUAUUACUGCCAAAGAUCGUUUCGUACCGCCAAAGAUCGACCGUACCAACCUCAAAGAUCUUACAGUCAGAGCAGGCCAACACAUCCGGUUGGACGUUAAAGUUUCUGGCGAACCACCGCCGAAGAAGACGUGGUUCCUUAACAAAGCUCGUAUUGAGGAUCGCGACGACAUCAACGUAGAUCUCGAGGAUUACAGAACCAAACUCGUAAUAGGAGUAGCCAAGAGAGAACAUACUGGAACUCUCGUUCUUAAAGCCGAAAACGAUUCUGGACGUGACGAAGCCAGCAUUGAAAUCAAAGUGCUCGACAAACCGAGCAAACCCGAAGGACCGCUUAGAAUCAGCGAUGUUCACAAAGAGGGAUGUAGCCUUAAAUGGAACCCGCCACGUGAUGAUGGCGGAGUACCCAUCGAAUACUAUGCUGUUGAAAAACUCGACACCGCAACAGGACGUUGGGUACCUGCUGGCCGCACUAAGGAACCCAAGAUUGACCUCAACAACUUAGAACCUGGACAGGAAUACAAAUUCCGCGUUUCCGCUGUCAAUGCUGAAGGCGAAUCUGAACCUCUAGAGGCCGAUCAAACCAUCAUCGCCAAGAAUCCAUUCGAUGAACCGGGUGCUCCUGGCACUCCUGAAGUGACAGACUGGGACAAGGACCACGUUGACUUAAGAUGGACUCCACCAACUAACGAUGGUGGAUCUCCAAUCACCGGAUACAUUAUCGAAAAGAGAGAAAAAGGAUCACCGAAAUGGACAAAAGCUGGUGAAACCGGUCCUUUCGAAACCAAAGGAACAGCCGACAAUUUAGACGAGGGCGUGGAAUAUGAAUUCAGAGUACGCGCCGUUAACGCCGCAGGCCCUGGUGAACCGAGCCAAGCAUCUAAAUCCGUUAUUACGAAGCCCAGAAGACUGGCUCCUAAAAUCGAUCGCCGCAAUUUGGUUAACCUGACUGUAAAGGAGGGUGAGCCGAUCUACAUUGAUGUUAAAGUGAGCGGUGAACCAGCUCCUGACGUUACGUGGUACCAAGAUGGUAAAACGAUCCCCUCGUCUACGCACAAACGUGUCGAUAACGUACCUUAUAACUCCAAGUUCUUUAACGACAAACCCGAAAGAAAGGACACUGGAGUUUAUAAAAUUGUCGCUGUUAACAAGUAUGGACAAGACCAGGCAGAAAUUGACAUCACUGUUGUUUCUAAACCAGGACAGCCCGAAGGACCGUUGGAGGUCUCGGACAUCCACAAAGACGGUUGCACUCUUAAAUGGAAGAGACCUAAAGACGACGGUGGUGAACCGAUCGAGAACUACGUAGUAGAAAAGUUCGACCCCGAAACCGGAAUAUGGCUACCUGUAGGUAAAACUGCUGGUGCCGUUCCUGAAAUGAAAGUCGAUGGUCUCAUACCCGGACAUGAAUAUAAAUUCAGGGUUAAAGCAGUGAAUAAAGAAGGCGAAUCUGAACCACUCGAAACCAUCGGAACGAUUACCGCCAAAGACCCUUACACUACUGCCGCCAAACCUGGCACACCCGAACCAGAAGACUGGUCCGCAAAUCACGUUGAACUCAAAUGGACGGAACCCGUAUCCGACGGUGGCGCUCCUAUUACCGGAUACAUAAUUGAAAUGAAAGACAAAUACAGUCCUAUGUGGGAGAAGGCUCUAGAAACGACAAGCCCUACUCCCAAAGCUAUUAUCAAUGGUUUGGUUGAAGGAAACGACUACCAGUUCAGAGUUAUUGCUGUAAAUGAAGCCGGUUUAAGUCCUCCUUCAGACGCCAGCAAAACAUUCACUGCCAAGCCGAGAUUCUUGGCUCCAAAGAUUGACAGACGUUAUCUCCACGACGUCACCAUUUCCGCAGGAUCUCCGCUCAAAUUCGAGGCGAACAUCAUUGGUGAACCUCCACCGACAGUGGAUUGGCGUUUCAACGGCCUCACGCUUAAAAACGAUAAACGUACUACAAUCGACAACGUAGACUAUAAUACUAAAAUCGCUAUUCGACCCGUCAACAGAGACGACACGGGAGAAUAUACAGUUACAGCUUCUAACAGCUCAGGAAAAGAUGUACACACUAUUAACGUCACAGUUACCGACAAGCCUUCGCCACCUCAGGGACCACUUCAAGUAUCAGAUGUCAACAAAAACGGUUGCAAACUUAAGUGGAAGAGACCAAAAGACGACGGUGGCACUCCUAUCGAGUAUUACCAAGUCGACAAAAUGGACCCAGAAACAGGAUGCUGGGUGCCUUGUGGCAGAUCUACCGACCCUAACUUCGAGGUUACCGGCCUUACCCCAGGACAUGAAUACAAAUUUAGGGUUGCGGCAGUUAACGCCGAAGGUGAAUCUAAACCCUUAGAAACUGACACCACAAUCGUUGCCAAGAAUCCGUUCGACGAACCCGGUCCUCCCGGACAUCUCAAAGCUACCGACUGGGACAAAGAUCACGUUGACCUUGCCUGGACGCCGCCUAAAGACGACGGUGGUUCGCCGGUCACCGGUUACAUCGUUGAAAAGAAAGACAAAUUCGGUGACUGGGAAAAAGCUCUUGAAGUACCGGCCGACCAACUAAAAGCUACCGUACCCGAUCUUAUCGAAGGACAACCUUACCAGUUCCGUGUUCGUGCUGUAAAUGCUGCCGGUCCAGGCGACCCUAGCAAUGAAACGCCCACUAUUAUCGCCAAACCCCGCAACUUGGCGCCUAAGAUCGACAGGACGAAUCUCAUCGAAGUGCGCAUCCGUGCUGGACAAAACUUCAACUUCGACGUUAAAGUUACUGGAGAACCAAUGCCAACUACUAAAUGGUUGAUUAAGAACAAAGAACUCAAGUCUGCUGAUAGACUGAAAGUGCAACAUGGAGAAUAUAACACUAAGCUUUCUGUUCGCAAUGCUACACGUGCCGAAUCCGGCACUUAUACAGUCACAGCGGAAAACGUUAACGGUAAAGACAUUGCUGACGUUGAAGUUAUAGUUCUCGAUGUACCAAGCCCACCUGGCGGACCGCUUAAAGUGUCCGAUGUACAUGCUAACGGAGCCAAAUUAAGCUGGAGGCCACCUGCGGACGACGGUGGACAACCCGUUGAAAACUACAUCGUAGAGAAGAUGGAUGAAGCCACGGGUCGCUGGGUACCAGCCGGAGAAACGAUCGGCCCCGAAACAUCUUUGGCAAUAGAUGGUCUCACACCCGGUAAAAAAUAUAAAUUCAGGGUCCGUGCUGUUAAUCGACAAGGCAAAUCCGAACCGUUACAAACGACACAAGCCAUCGAAGCCAAAAAUCCAUUCGACGAACCCGGCAAGACCAGCGCUCCAGAAAUCACCGAUUACGACAGAGACUUUGUCGAACUCAAAUGGGACAGGCCUGAAAACGAUGGCGGUGCGCCCAUCACCGGUUACAUAAUUGAAAAACGUGACAAAUUUAAUCCGAACUGGGAAAAAUGUGCUGAAGUUGAUGGAGAUGUAACCAAAGGAAAAGUCAAUGAUCUCAUUGAGGGCACUCCUUAUGAAUUCAGGAUCCGCGCCGUGAACAAAGCGGGCCCUGGGGAACCCAGCGACGCGUCCAAAAUUCAUGUCGCUAGACCCAAAAAUCUUGCUCCUAAAAUCGACCGUAACUUCUUUGCGGACCUUAAAGUCAAAGUUGGCCAAUCAAUCGAAUUCAACGUACCCGUCAUUGGUGAACCCCCACCGACAAAAGAAUGGAAACAUAAAGAAGACGUUCUAUAUAAUGGCGAUCGCGUUAAGAUCGUAAACGAAGACUACAAAACUAGUAUCAAAAUCGUCGAUGCUAAAAGAGCCGAUAGCGGUGUUUACACCCUUACGGCCAAGAAUGCCAAUGGCAAAGACGUUGCCACAGUUAACGUUACCGUCCUCGAUGUACCUACACCGCCCGAGGGACCGCUUAAAGCCGACAAUGUUACUAAGAAUUCGUUGACCCUCCGCUGGAAACCGCCUAAAGACAACGGCGGUUCAGAAAUUACUCACUACACAGUGGAAAAACUCGACACUGAGAAUAUGCGAUGGGUACCCGUUGGCGAUGCUGUCGGUACAUCGAUGCGUGUCGAUCAUUUAGCUGAAGGACACGACUACCAAUUCCGCGUAAGAGCUUGCAAUAAAGAGGGUGAUUCCGCUCCUCUUACAACUACCGAGGCAAUCACCGCCAAGGAUCCAUUCACCAAACCCGACAAGCCUGGUGCACCGGUGCCCACCGAUUGGGACAAAGAUCACGUUGACCUCGAAUGGACGCCGCCUAAAAAGGACGGAGGUGCUCCGAUUACUGAAUAUAUUAUCGAAAAACGACCAAGACACGGAACUUGGGAAAGGGCGUGUGACGUUCCCGGAAACACAACUAAAGCGACCGUGCCUAACCUUACGGAAGGAGAGGAGUAUGAGUUUAGGGUCAUCGCUGUUAACAAAGGCGGACAUAGCGAACCAAGUGAAGCGUCUAUUCCAGUUAUCGCCAAACCGAGAUUCUUGGCACCAAUCUUCAACAAGAGCCUUCUGGAAGAUAUUACCGUUAAAGUCGGUCAAAGAUUCGGAUGGACCAUUCCGAUCGAAGCCUCACCGAAACCGACCGCCAAAUGGAUCAACAGCGGCAAAGAAAUUCAGCCGAGCGAGAGAGUCGACAUGGCUGUGUAUAACAACAAAGUAUCGUUUGACGUUACCUCAGCUGUACGUAGCGAUGCCGGAAGAUACACGUUAACGCUCACUAACGACUUGGGCAGUUUCUCUGCAUCGGCACAAGUGAACGUAAUCGAUAAACCCGGACCGCCGCAACCACCGCUCGACGUCAGUUGUGUUACUAAAGAAAGCGCGAGAUUAUCUUGGAAACCGCCACUGGACGACGGCGGUUCCCCUAUUCUCCAUUACAUUGUAGAGAAAAUGGAUGUGUCCCGUGGCACCUGGUCAGACGCGGGCAUGGCUACCAUCACUUCACACGACAUCACCAGACUAAUCCAUCGCAAGGAAUAUUACUUCCGAGUCAAAGCGGUUAACGCUGUUGGGGAAUCCGAACCUCUGGAAACGCCUAAGAGUAUAAUCGCAAAGAACGAAUUUGAUGAGCCUAGUGCUCCUGGAAAACCUGCCGUUACCGACUGGGACAGGGACCACGUUGACUUAGAAUGGACCCCGCCGAAGAGCGACGGUGGUUCACCCAUCACCGGAUACAUUAUCCAAAAGAAAGAGAAGGGCAGCCCGUACUGGACCAACGCCGUUCACGUACCUGCUAGGAAGAACGCCGCUACUGUGCCUGAUUUGACGGAAGGCCAAGAAUACGAGUUUAGAGUAAUAGCAACUAACACUGCUGGUCAGAGCGAACCGUCGGAACCAUCAGAUCUGGUUACAGCCAAGGCCCGCUUCUUGGCGCCGAAGAUCAAAACACCCCUUAACGAUAUCCGUAUCAAAGCUGGACUUAUCCUCCACAUUGACAUUGACUUCAUUGGGGAACCGUGUCCUGAAGUUUCUUGGACGGUUGGAAGCAAACCUCUGACCGCAGAUGAGCGUACGACAGUCACCUCCAUCGGAUAUCAUACGACAAUACAUACGGUCAACGCUAAACGAACUGAUAGCGGACUGUACCACAUUUUGCUUAAGAAUAGUUCUGGAAUUGACGAAGGGUCGUUCCAAGUUACAGUUUUAGAUCGUCCUGGACCUCCACAGAAACCGAUAGAAUACGAAGAAGUAACAGCCCAAAGCGUGACGCUUUCAUGGAAACCACCCAAAGAUAACGGUGGUAGCGAAAUUACUGGCUACGUCAUUGAAAAGCGAGAUCUGACACACGGCGGCGGUUGGGUACCUGCCGUUAACUAUGUCAACCCUAAAUACAACCAUUCGGUUGUACCAAGACUUUUGGAAGGCACUAAAUACGAAUUUAGAGUUUUCGCUGAAAAUAUGCAAGGUCGUUCUGAUCCGCUGGAAACCGAAAAACCAAUCGUUGCAAAGAACCAAUACGAUGUUCCUGGUAAGCCUGGCAAGCCACAGCUGGUCGAUAGCGACAAGGACCACAUUAAGAUCAAGUGGUCUGCUCCAAUCAGCAACGGAGGAUCUCCGAUUGUCGGUUAUGACAUUGAGCGUCGCGACCGUGCUACCGGUAGAUGGGUUAAACUUAACAAGGAGCCUAAUAAGCACCUUGAAUAUUACGACGAUAGAGUUCAAGAGGGACACCAAUACGAAUACAGAGUUUCUGCUGUAAACGCCGCCGGUCCCGGCAAACCUAGCGACACUUCUAACGUCUUUAUUGCUAAGCCGAUGAAAGAGAAACCGAAAUUGUGGCUGGAUGGUAUUAUUGGGCGUAAAAUUAAAGUACGCGCUGGCGAGCCGAUUAAUAUUAAUAUUCCCUUGUCCGGUGCGCCAACUCCAAAAGUGGAAUGGAGUAAAAAUAAGAUCCCUGUGCCUGAAUCCAACAGAGUAUACACUGAGACUACCGGCGAAAAUACUAGACUGCGCGUCGAAGUUUCCAAUAGAGACGAUUCUGGAAAAUACACAGUGCGCGCUACGAACGAAUACGGAACCGAUGAAGGAGACAUCGAAGUAAUUGUAGUGGAUAAGCCUGGCAUUCCGAAAGGCCCGCUACAAAUAACGGGUACAACGCAAGACACUGUAUCUCUAUCGUGGCACCCACCAACUGACGAUGGUGGCGGCGAGAUUACCGGAUACAUCGUAGAAGUCAGCGAAUAUGGAACGGACAGCUGGCGUCCUUGCCCAGGUUUCUGCCCGAGACCGUCGUUCACUGCACGUGGUUUAACCGAAGGAAAGAAAUACGUCUUCAGAGUAAGAGCCGAAAACAUAUACGGCGUAUCCGAGCCGUUAGAAGGAAAACCGGUUGUCGCGAAGAGCCCGUUCGACCCGCCAGGUGCUCCGAGCCAGCCCGAAGUUACCGGCUACACACCAUCUUCCUGCUCGCUUAAAUGGAACCCGCCGAUAUCCACCGGGGGCAAACCUAUCACAGGCUAUUAUGUUGAGAAACGCGAACGUGGUGGCGAUUGGGUACGAGUCAACAAUUACCCCACGCCGAACACGCAAUAUACCGCACAAGACUUACGCGAAGGAAACAAAUACGAAUUCCGUGUCAUUGCAGUCAACGAAGCAGGACCCGGCGAACCCAGUAAACCGACUGAACCGAUCAUCGCCCAACAUCAACGAUUUAAACCCGACGCUCCCGAACCACCGAAAGCCGACAGGAUCACGAAGGAUAGUGUUACGCUUUCCUGGAGGCCACCGAGGAGCGACGGCGGUUCCAAACUUAAAGGAUACAUCCUACAGAAACGUCCAAAGGGCUCCGAUGAUUGGACCGAUGUCAAUACCUCGCCUAUUAACGAUACCGUUUACACCGUACCUAACCUAAAAGAAGGCGAAGAGUAUCAAUUCAGGCUCAUAGCCGUCAACGACGUUGGCAAUUCCGAGCCAAGCAGACCCAGCAAUCCCAUUGUAAUCGAAGAACAACCCAACAAGCCUUGUAUGGACUUAGGUGGCGUCCGCGACAUCACGGUCCGUGCCGGCGAAGAUUUCAGCAUACACGUUCCAUACGUCGGUUUCCCCAAGCCCACGGCCUCGUGGUUUGCCAAUGACAGGCUCCUCGACGACAGCGACAGCCGCGUAUUCCCACAACUUGCCGACGAUUAUGCCAGCAUCAUCGUCAAGAACUCUAAACGUUCGGACAGCGGCCAAUACCGACUCCAACUGAAGAAUCCUUCGGGUUUCGACACGGCGACCAUAAACGUGAAAGUUCUCGACAGACCCGGUAAGCCCGAGAACCUCCGAGCGGACGAAUUUGCCGGUGACGCCCUUACGUUGUACUGGCAACCGCCUAAGGACAACGGCGGCGCCGAUAUCACCAAUUACAUCGUAGAGAAGAAAGAGGCCAAAUCCCAAACGUGGUCUAAAGUCAGCAGUUACGUCACCGUUCCGUUCGUCAGAAUCCGCAACUUGACGCUUGGUAAAGAAUACGACUUCAGGGUGAUAGCCGAGAAUCUGUAUGGCCAAUCCGAACCGGCCGUUACGUCCGAGCCGAUUCGCGCGAGACAUCCGUUUGACCCACCGGGAGCUCCUGGAGCCCCCAGGGGAGUCGAAACCACCGAGGAUUCUAUCACGAUCACCUGGACUAAACCACGCCACGACGGCGGUUCUCCCAUCACCGGCUACGUUGUCGAAAAACGUCUCAUCACAGAAGACAAAUGGACGAAAGCCGCUCACGCUAUCGUUCCAGACUUAAACCUUAAAGUCAUCAACUUAAUCGAAAACCACGAGUACGAAUUUAGAGUUGCCGCCGUCAACGCAGCCGGACAAGGACCGUGGAGCUCGUCGUCCGACGCCAUAUGUGCCAGAGCCGCCCCGCAAGCUCCUAAGAUAACUUCAGAUCUAAGCAUUCGCGACAUGGUCGUGAUCGCCGGCGAAGAACUCAAAAUUACGGUUCCCUACGUGGCUACGCCUAAACCGAAAGCGUCUUGGACCAUUAACGGGGACGAAGUUAUCCCCGACAACAGAAUUAAAAUGGAAACUACAGACAUCGCUUCCAUAUUCUUGAACAAAUCCGCCAAGAGAUCGGACACGGGCGGUUACACCAUCAAGUUAACGAACAAUGUAGGAUCCGACUCCGCCACGUGCCGUGUCCUCGUGGUAGACAAGCCUUUACCGCCUCAGGGACCACUUGAUAUAUCUGAUAUCACGCCCGAUAAUUGUUCGCUGGCAUGGCGCCCGCCUUUAGAUGACGGCGGUUCACCGAUUACCAACUACAUAGUUGAAAAGUUAGACACGAGCGGCAUUUGGGUGAAAGUAAGCAGUUUCGUCCGUAACACUCAUUACGACGUUAUGAGCUUGGAGCCUAACAAGAAGUACAGCUUUAGAAUCCGCGCUGAGAAUCAGUACGGCAUCAGUGAACCUCUGGAAAGCACGGAGCCGAUCACGGCUAAAUAUCCAUUCACGAUCCCGGAUCCACCAGGAGCGCCUCGCGUUACCGACUGGGAUUCUUCUACGAUUUACCUUUCGUGGGACAGGCCUAACAACGACGGCGGGUCACGUAUCCAAGGCUACAAACUCGAGUACCGCGACGUUGUCCACGAUGCGCACUGGCAAAGUGCCAGCGACUACCUCAUAAAAGAAACGCACUUCGAUCUGUUCAACAUGACGAGCGGGCACGAAUACGAAUUCAGAGUACGUGCUAAAAACGCGGCCGGUUUCAGUAAACCUUCCGCGUCCUCGAACAAAUUCAAACUCAAGGGCAAAUUCAACGUACCGUCUCCACCACAGAAUCCUAAAGUGGUUAACGUAGGUAAAGGUUACGUUGACCUUACAUGGGAGCCGCCUACGAACGACGGAGGUUCAAGAAUCACCGGAUAUAUCAUCGAAAAGAGAGAAAUCGGCAGUCCUCUUUGGACCAAGUGUAACGACUACAACAUUACCGAUAACAAUUACACCGUCCUCAACUUAAUCGACAGGUCGGAAUACGAAUUUAGAAUAUACGCCGUUAACGCUGCCGGAAAGAGCGAACCUAGCAACUGCACAACACCCGUUAAGGUAUGCGAGGUACUGGGCGGCGAAAAACCGGAGUGGUUACGCCGUCUCAACAACACUUCUGCUCCUCUCGGCAGAUCCGUAACUCUGGAAUGUGAGGCGUACGGCAAACCGGAACCAACCUUCAGAUGGAUUAAGAACGGUCGUGAGAUUAAAAUCGGCGGUAGGUUCAGAACUGAAGUUAGAGGAGGAACCGCCUUCUUGCAUAUUUCUGACCUUCUCGAUGUCGAUGACGGUGACUACACUUGCGAAGCAAGCAACACUUUAGGAGCCGUCACUACCACAGCACGUCUAAAGAUUGGAACUCCUCCCAGGAUCGAACGCCUUCCUGGAGAUUUGUACUUGGCCGAAGGAGAUAACACCAAAAUUAAAAUCUACUACUCGGGCGACCAGCCCCUUGACGUCACCCUUACCAGAAAUGGCCAGAACAUCGACGAUUCUACCCACAUUAGAUACACGGUAUUCGACGACUAUAUCAUCAUUUUCAUUAAAGACAUCACCAAGCUGGACGGUGGCGAUUAUAAUUUAACCGUAAAGAAUGACAGUGGAAGCGCAUCGGGCAGCUUCACAGUUUACAUAACUGGCCUACCGGGUCCACCGAAUGGACCUCUGGAAACUACCGAUAUCACCAAACAUACCUGCACGCUUGGCUGGAAACCGCCUAGCUACGACGGAGGAUUACGAGUAACUCAUUACGUCGUUGAAAGAAAAGAUGUGACGGGAACCCACUGGAUAACGGUGUCUAGUUCCUGCAGAGACACCACAUUUACCGUGCAAGGUUUAACCGAAGGUCAAGAAUACUUGUUCAGAGUAAUGGCAGUGAACGAAAAUGGAAUGGGACCGCCACUAGAGGGAGUCAACCCGGUGAGAGCCAAAGCUCCGUUCGACCCACCAGGUCCACCCGGUAUACCGAAAGUUACCCAAGUCGGAGGCGACUUUGUCAAUCUCGAAUGGACUAAACCCGAAAACGAUGGAGGAGCGCGCGUUCAGGGCUACUGGAUAGACAAACGUGAAGUUGGCAGCCUUGCCUGGCAACGCGUUAACGUAUCGCUAUGCCUACCUACUCAAAUAAACAUAUCGAACCUUAUCGAAGGACGUCAGUACGAAUUCAGAGUUUUCGCUCAGAAUAUCGCUGGAAUUUCAGAACCGUCCUCCGCCUCAACUUCGGUGGAAAUUAAAGAUCCCCUCGCUGCUACCCCGCCAGAAAUUAUCAAACCCCUUAAAAACGCUCAAUGCAUUCAGAAUCACAACGCCAAGUUCGAAUGUACAAUCACUGGUAAUCCGGCGCCUCAUAUUACUUGGUACAAAGGCGCCAGGGAAAUUACUAACGGUUCAAGAUACCACAUCUACAGUGAGGGUGAGGUUCACCACCUUAUCAUCCACGAUAUAUUCGGUGAAGACGCCGAUGAAUACGUUUGCCGAGCCGUCAACAAAGGUGGCGUAAAAUCUACCCGCGCCGAACUUCUGAUAAUGACUGCUCCUAAACUCAACAUUCCCCCUCGUUUCCGAGACUCUGCGUACUUCGACAAGGGUGAGAACGUUGUUAUUAAAAUUCCGUUCACCGGCUUCCCCAAACCAAAGAUCACUUGGGUGAGAGAAGGCGAAGUCAUCGAAUCCGGCGGCCACUACCACGUUGAAGUUAAGGACAGACACGCCAUUCUCACAAUUCGCGAUGCCAGCAAGUUAGACAGCGGUCCAUAUAGAAUAACCGCUGAGAAUGAACUCGGUCAAGACACGGCCAUUAUUAAGAUCCAAAUCGCCGAUCGCCCCGACCCUCCGAGAUUCCCGGCUGCUGAUAAUAUCGGUACCGACUCACUCGCAUUGUCCUGGAAAGCUCCAGUAUGGGACGGCGGUAGCAACAUCACCAAUUAUCUCGUUGAAAGACGUGAGCACCCGUUAUCAACCUGGAUUAGAGUUGGAAAUACACGUCUAACCACUAUGGCUGUCAGCGGUCUUACACCCGGUCACCAAUACGAAUUCAGGGUCUACGCUGAAAAUAUCUAUGGACGUUCUGAUCCUUCAGACGUGAGCAACCUCAUCGCCACCAAGGACACUGUCAAGAAACAAGUCCAGAAGAGGAAAUAUGAAGUCGAUGAAAACGGCAAGAAGAUCCGUGAAUCUCACAAAGAGCCGAUCAAGGAUUACGACCAGUACGUGUUCGAUAUUUACUCGAAAUUCGUCCCACAACCUGUUGAAAUUAAGACUAGAUCUGUAUACGACGAUUACGACAUCCUAGAAGAAAUCGGCACGGGCGCUUUCGGUGUUGUGCACCGUUGCCGCGAACGCAAAUCGGGAAAUAUCUUCGCCGCCAAGUUCAUCCCCGUAUCCCACGCCAUGGAAAAAGAACUGAUACGUAAAGAAAUCGACAUCAUGAACCAACUUCACCAUCCCAAACUCAUUAACUUACACGACGCCUUUGAAGACGACGACGAAAUGGUCCUCAUCUACGAAUUCUUAUCCGGAGGAGAAUUAUUCGAACGUAUCACAGCCGAAGGCUACCAGAUGUCUGAAGCCGAGGUUAUCAACUACAUGAGACAGAUAUGUGAAGGUAUCAAGCACAUGCACGAGAAAAAUAUCAUCCACCUCGACAUCAAACCGGAAAAUAUCAUGUGUCAAACACGUAAAGGCACUAAUAUCAAACUGAUCGAUUUCGGGCUAGCCACGAAACUAGAUCCCAACGAGGUUGUUAAGAUUUCAACCGGUACUGCUGAAUUCGCAGCUCCCGAGAUUGUCGAACGCGAACCUGUCGGUUUCUACACGGAUAUGUGGGCUGUUGGUGUUCUGGGUUACGUUCUAUUAAGCGGAUUGUCACCAUUUGCUGGAGAAAACGAUAUCGAGACUCUGAAGAAUGUCAAGGCUUGCGACUGGGACUUCGACGAAGAAGCAUUCGCCAAUGUAUCUGAAGAAGGAAAGGACUUCAUUCGCAGACUGCUACUCAAGAACAAAGAGAAACGUAUGACCGCCCAAGAAUGUUUACUGCAUUCAUGGCUGAGCGGUGACCACAGCGACAGAACUCAAGUCAUUGAACAAUCGAGAUACCUUCGCAUACGUGAUAGAAUCCGUGCCAAAUAUGAUGCAUGGGAUUCAUUCGCCCUUCCAAUCGGCAGAUUAUCAGAGUACUCGUCACUACGUAAACUGCUAAUAGAUAAAUAUAAGAUCCAUGAUACAUACUUUGACCGUAGACAAGCCGCUCCGAGAUUUGUUAUUAAACCGCAAAGUGCCUUCUGUUACGAAGGACAAAGCGUCAAAUUCUACUGUAGAGUUAUCGGUGUCGCCGCUCCUACAGUUAGUUGGUAUCACAAUAACGUAGAACUCAGACAAAGCGUUAAAUUCAUGAAACGAUAUGCCGGAGACGAUUAUUACUUCAUUAUUAACAGAGCCAGAUUGCAGGAUCGCGGUGAAUACAUCAUCAGGGCAGAAAACCACUACGGCUCGAGGGAAGAAGUCGUUUUCCUCAAUGUUCAACCCGUGCCAAGAGUUGUACCUGAAUAUAAGCCAGAGGCACCAGUCAUGCGCAGACGCGAACCGCUACCGUACACCUUCUGGCAAGAAGAACUCGAAUGCGCACCAAGCUUUACCUUCUUACUUAGACCACGUGUUAUGCAAGAACGUGAUACUUGCAAACUACUAUGUUGCUUGAGUGGCAAGCCAUUCCCAUCGGUGAAAUGGUACAAAGACAAACGAGAACUUAGUAAAUACGAAUAUUCAAUGUCGCACUCUGACGGUGUCAUCACAAUGGAAAUCGUCGGAUGCAGACCAUCCGACUCUGGCAAAUACACUUGCGUUGCUACCAAUCCACACGGACAAGAUGAAACGUCAUGCGUUGUCAUCGUUGAGGGAGAGUCCAGCACCGCUGAACAAACAGCCCUCGCAAAUAAACUACUAUACUCUGGCGACAGAAAGUAUAUCGAACAUCCCAUUAAACCAGCACCUGUCCCAGUUACUAUUAGAAAACAAAUUCCCCAGUCUACCCCGAUCCAACCGCGAUCUAAUAACCCUAGCACGAACAGUCUAGCACAUUCAUCGUCCAAUCUUAGCGUUGGAGAUGGGGAACGACGACCGCCUAGGAAAUACGGUAGGUUAGAUUCUACAGGAAGUCCGAAUCGAUCAAGAAGCGCAACCAAGGAAUUAGCAUUACCCCCAGACGAUUCAACUAUGUGUGCUCCACAAUUCACAAAGACGCUAUCCGACCUAACAAUUAACGACGGUGACAGUUUAACUUUGACUGCACACGUAAAAGGAGAUCCCGAUCCACAAAUCGUAUGGACAAAGAAUAACAAAGUACUUAGCUCAUCUGAAGUAGUAGAUCUUAAAUACAAAAAUGGAAUAGCAAAACUCCAUAUCAAUGAGGUAUACCCUGAAGACGAAGGAGAAUAUGUAUGCAAAGCAACAAACUCCAUUGGAACCACAGAAACUAAAUGCCGCCUUACAAUUAAACCCAUGACUAAUGCUACCAAUGGAAAGAAAAAAGGAUCAGAAGACAAACCACCAAGAAUAGUCAGCCAUCUUCAGUCAGCAUUUGCGAAAGAUGGAGAACCUGUAACUAUAUCUUGCCGCAUUAUUGGGGCCGACAAAUUCGACGUUGUCUGGUUACACAACAAUAAAGAAAUUAAACCUUCGAAAGACUUCCAAUACACAAAUGAAGCAAAUAUCUACAAACUCAUCAUUGCCGAAAUUUUCCCAGAAGAUUCGGGGGCAUACACCUGUGAAGCAUUCAAUGAUGCAGGUGAAAGUUUCAGCAGUUGUACACUAAAUGUUGUUGUUCCAGGCGAACAGCCUAAGAGCCCCGUGUUCAAAACAUUCCCGGUAUCCGCCACGGUGUCAGAGGGUGAAUCCGCGACAUUCAUAGCAGAGACAGAAGAUGACCCAUUACAAAUAAAUUGGUUGAAGGAUGGCAAACCAAUAAAAGAGAGCAGUGCCAAAUAUAACUUCACUGCUGAUGGAAAACGCUACACCUUACAAAUUUUGUCUUGCGAUUCCAACGAUAUUGGCCAAUAUCAAGCCAAAGCCAUCGGAAAGAAAGGUGAAACCUUUUCGGCCUUCUCGCUAAAUGUUGUCCCACCUGGCGAGCUCUAGAUGAAGCUCUGACUAAGCCAAUAACGCAAUUUAACGAACGACUUGCUCCAAGAACUUAUGUAACAUAUGUAUAAAUAAUAUAUUUAUAAGUGUUUUAUAUAAAGCGAGCUUCCGGGAAGAAGUGGUAACUACAAAUUGUCUGCUUAUAUCGUCCACAGCAUCCUCAACUUACCAUCUCCGUGUUGACGAUAUAUCCAUGCUUCUGUAUUCAUCACUUCUUAUCAACGAAAGCAGCUGCGCUCAGCAUUACAUUUAUUUCUCAUUUCAUUUUCCGAAAAAAAAUACGGAGCAGAAUUGCCGAAAAUUUUAGUUUAACGGUAUGAAAAGAGAUUAUUAUUUAUUUAUUUAGUGUGAAAGUGCUUAAAGCCAUUUCUUCAUUGUGCCAUCUCUAUUCAUUAUUUAAGUUUCAUAAAAAAAGUGCAUUAUUGCUUUUGCAAAGCCGAACCAAAAUUGUAUCAUACUAUGUAAAAAUAAAAAAUAUAUAAUUUUU